AUGAAUCCUUCAACUCUUCAAUCUUUCUUUGAAAUUUGUGGAAAGCUAAAAAACCUCAAACGAACAGGAUGGGUCUAUCGUGGAGUUCAGGAUCCUGAAUCGGUUGCAGAUCACUCGUGGAGAGUUGCUAUGAUGUCCUUCUUCAUUGAAGAUCCUACAGUCGACAAAGUACAUUGUAUGAAGAUGGGACUUGUCCAUGACUUAGCGGAGAGCAUUGUCGGAGACAUUACUCCUGUCGAUGACGUUUCCGUAGACGAUAAGCAUCAAAUGGAACUGGGAGCACUCUCCACAAUCGUGGCUGACUUCCCCCAACCGCUGAAAGAAGAAUUUCUUGGUCUUUGGACAGAGUACGAAGAGCAAAAGACGCUCGAGUCCAACUACGUUUUCGAUUUCGACAAACUGGAUAUGCUAGUGCAAGCAGAGGAAUACGAGAGUGACCAAGGAAUUAAUCUGCAGGAAUUCUUCGAUUCGACAGAAGCUCUGUUUAAAACUCCCUAUGGAAAGAGCCAAAUUGAAGUGUUAAAGAAAAAGCGAACAGCGCGUCUUUCGAGUGCAUAGA